AUGUAUCCAAGUGACAUAAGUGACAAAGAAUGGGAAAUACUAGAGCCAUACGUUGCACAAGGGGCAAUAGGAAGGCCAAGAAAACACGAUAUUAGAGCGAUUAUUAAUGCAAUAAGAUAUAUAAUGAAAGGAGGUUGUCAGUGGAGAAUGCUGCCAAAAGAUUUUCCGCCAUGGAAAACAGUAUACGACCACUAUUUCAGGUGGCGCAAUAAUGGAAAAUUACAACGAAUACAUGACUCUUUGGUAAAAAAGGUAAGAGAAAUGGCCGGCAAAAGAGCAACACCGUCUGUUGGAAUAAUAGACAGUCAAUCAGUAAAAACGACUCAAAAAGGGGGUCCAGAGGUUACGAUGCUGGAAAGAAGAUAAAAGGCAGGAAGCGCCAUAUUAUAGUGGAUACGUUGGGUCUUGUAGUCACAGCUGAUGUGCAUAGUGCAGGUGUGCAAGAUCGUGAUGGAGCAUUAGCUCUACUAAUAAAAGCAAAGCGCAAAACACUAACUUUGCAGAGAUUUUUUGCCGAUCAAGGAUACACAGGUGAACUGCAAAAGCGCUGUUUUCUGAAAACCGGAUGUCUACUCACAAUUGCUAAAAAAGAUCCAGAAGCUGAAGGAUUUCAGGUUAUUCCAAAACGUUGGAUAGUUGAAAGAACCUUUGCUUGGCUCUCCAAUUUUAGGCGCAUGAGCAAAGAUUACGAACAUUCUCCUCUUACCUCAAAAACCAAUAUUUUCUUUAAUAUGAUUACCAUUAUGCUUAAAAAUUAG